UUGCAGUAUUUCAUCUAUCUUCAUUGGUGGCAAUUCUUACUGAAAAUGAGUAAACGUGGUCGUAGAGGUGGAGCUAGGUCUCGCAAUGAUGGCUGGGAAGAGAGUGGAGGCUACAUGGCUGCGAAGAAGUGCAAGCUUGAUAUCCAGUAUAAUGAGAUGGUGUCGUUGGAGCAGACCAAAGAAGGUACGAGCUCAAACAUAUUUAAUGGUAUCUCCAUUUAUGUGAAUGGAUAUACAAAACCAAGUUCUGAUGAACUGAAACGUCUUAUGAUGCUUCAUGGUGGCAAAUAUUGUCAUUUUUUCUCUAAGACCAAUUGCAGCCAUGUAAUUGCUAACAAUCUUCCUGAUAGUAAAGUAAAGGAUUGGAAGUAUGUCAAAACUGUCAAACCUGAAUGGGUGACUGAUAGUAUUAAAGCUGGGAAACAGCUAUCCUGUACACCCUAUACUCUUUAUGUUGCCCCCUCUGUCAUGCAACCUACUAUCAAUUUCGCAAAGGUAAGUGAGGAUCAAAGACAUAUGUCUGAAACAGCCACCGUGUGUAAGGCUCAAAGUGUCUGUAACACUAGUACCCAUGUUCCGAGUACCAAUGUCCAAAAAGUGAAUCAAAAUGCUCAGACAAAGGAUUCACGAAAUGAAGGUUUCAUAAAAGAGUUUUAUGAUAAUUCUCGACUACAUUUGAUUUCUACCCUUGGUGCAGAGUUCAAAGAUUUUGUCACUAAACUACACCAAACUGGAGAAAAAGUAUUCCCUGGUAGACAGAGGUUGUUAGAACAUGGAAUCUAUGCACAGAGUCCAAGUAAGCAAGAACAGGUCAUCAUGCACAUUGACAUGGACUCAUUUUUUGUGUCUGUUGGACUUCGAAAUCGACCUGAUUUGGUUGGAAAGCCAGUUGCUGUGACUCAUUCUAAAGGUAAAAUGGUUCAACCUCGAGAAGGUACAGAUUUUGAGUAUGAGUUAUCACAUUGGAAGGGGUUUUCACUUUCAGGUAAUACCAAUCUCGAUGCAGAUACAAAACAAGAAUUGGUGAGAAGCUCAGUGGAAUUAGAGAAGUCAGUUUCCAUGGCAGAAAUUGCAUCAUGUAGUUAUGAGGCCAGGCAGGCUGGUGUCAAAAAUGGUAUGUUCAUGGGACCAGCACGUAAAUUAUGCCCUAACCUUGUUCCCAUUCCAUAUGAGUUUGAGGGUUAUAGAGAAGUUGCACAUAUUCUGUACAAUGUAGUUGCAAGUUACACACAUCAUAUUGAGGCUAUCAGCUGUGAUGAAAUGUUUAUCGAUUGCACAGAUAUCUUGCAAAGUACUGGAAUUAGUGAAGAACAGCUUGCAUCGACUAUAAGGGAUGAAGUUAAAGAUAAAACUGGUUGCAAUGCAUCUAUUGGUAUUGGCCCAAACAUUCUUAUAGCUCGAAUGGCAACUCGAGUUGCAAAGCCGAAUGGCCAACACCUAGUCCACAUUGAUGACAUCCAACAUUUUAUUGCAAAGCAACUGGCUAAAGACCUACCAGGUGUUGGCCGGAAAACCUGCAUUAAGCUUCAAGCAUUAGGUGUCACAACUUGUUCUGACUUACAAGCUAUUUCACUCGCCAAACUACAGAAAGAAUUUGGUGCCAAACUUAGUGAAUCUCUUUUUGAAUUUGCCAGAGGGAAAGAUGAUAGACCUAUUCAGAUGGAGAAAGAGAGAAAAUCAGUAUCAGCAGAGGUGAAUUAUGGCAUAAGAUUCAAAGAACAAACUGAGGUGACCAGAUUUAUAAAUGAUCUUGCAGAGGAGGUGCAAACUAGACUUAGAAGACUUGAACUGAAAGGAAGAACACUUACUCUCAAGUUGAAAGUGCGAAAGAGUGAUGCUCCAAAAGAGACUAUUAAGUUUUUAGGGCAUGGUAUAUGUGAUAGUAUUGCCAAAUCUACCCAGUUGAUAUCUCCCACAGAUGAUGCUCAAAGUAUAUCAAAGCAGUGUCUUGCAUUGAUUAAAAUUUUAAAUGUUGAACCAGAAGAUUAUAGAGGAGUUGGAAUUCAAAUAUCCAGACUUGAGAGGAAUGAUAAAUUGGCAAGUAAAUCAGCUUCAAUCUUGAAAUAUAUGAAGCAAGGUACUAACAUACCUGACACUGCCUCAGUACAUAUUCCAAAGGUUUUGCCAGACCUCCCUACUUUAAAACUAGAUAACCCUGAACCUGGAGGGCAUGCUUCUGUGCCAAAACAAGCCAAAACGCCAACAGGAAUUGCAGCUCAAGGUAGUAGUGACUAUAUGGUUUCACCAUCACAAAUUGAUGAAAAUGUCCUGCAAGAGUUACCAAAAGACAUUCAAGAUCAAAUAAGAAAAGAAAUGAGACUCCAUCAAAUGAAGAAAAUCAAUACAGCAGCAGGAGGUAAACAAACCCAAGAAGAUGUUGUGCCAAAACAGGAGACUUUAUCCAUAUCUUCAUUGAGACAAUCCCCUACAAUAAAAUCUCCCAAAAAGAAAUCACCCUCGAAGAAUUCCCCAAAGAUUUUUAAAGUCCCUAAAGGGUCAAAAGUGGUGAAAAAGAAAAAACUUAGCCCAAAGAAAAUUGUCUUUCAGGAUCCAAAUCAGCAUGAGAUUCCACCCCCUGUGAGGCACAAUAAAACUUCCAUAGAUGUUUCUAUUAAACCUGUGGUGUCCAGUCAACCAGAAGAAAUAGAAUUUUGUGGAGCAAGAUCAAUCAAUGAAGUCAAACUGUUAAUAAAAGAAUGGCUCUAUAAUACAGAUACACCACUCCAAGAAGAUAUUCUCAUGCUAGUAGAAUAUUUAGUUCAACUGGUGGUGGCAAAAAAUCUAGAGGAAGUGUAUCUAUUAAGUAAAUUCCUCCACAGACAUGUGUUAAGAAUAGACACUGGGGAAUGGAAAAGAGCAGUGGAUAUUAUUGAACAAAAAGUAAAUGAUGUGAUACAUUCCAUAUACAGUUCAAAAUUGAAACUGAGCAAUUAA